GGAGGAAUUGUUAACAAAAACAGAAAACAGAUUUCUCUUCUCUUCUCUAAUAUCUACUGCACCACGCCUUGCCUUCUCUUGUUCCCUUCAAACCCUAAACCCCAACUUCUUCUCUCUCUCUCUCUCUCUCUCUCUCUGAAUGGACUUCUUCAAAUCUGUCUUCUCAGACGAUCCAGAACCGCCAAGCUCCCCGCCAAAAUCACAGGACCAUCCCAAUCCAAACCCUUCAAUGUCUGCAAUUACUAACGCUUGGUCAUUCGGUGGUUUGAUCAAAACCAUAGCGUCCAAGUCGGAGUCGGUUAUCGACACCUACCGGCGCGAUCUCGAGGAGUUCGGUUCCGGCCUGAGGAAAGAGACGGCGGCGAUCGGCGAAGUAGCCAGCCGCGCCGUGAAGGACCUCCCGAGGUCGUUCGAGUCCGGGGCGGUCAAGGCGCAGGGGUCUCUUGAAUCGGUGGGGCUAACAAUCGAUCAUCUCGGCAACACCGUGUCUCAGAUCAUUUCUCACGGUACGGACUCGAUUCUCGAUAGCGAUAGCGAUCCCGAUAGUGAAGCUUCUGAUGCUAAGCAGAUUGGUAGAAAUGAGUGUUAUUCAAGGCCUAAUUGUAGGGCUGAUACUGAAAUUCGAGCGAUUCAGUGUGAUCUGAAUACGUAUUGCGAGGAACCGGAGGAUUUGGGGGAGUACAAUGAGUGGAGAUUAGGGUUUGAUCUGGAUGAGAAAGGUGGGGAGAUUGAGAAUUUGAUUGAAGAGAAUGGGGUGAUUGGAGAGAUCUGCGAUGAGGUUGUUCCAAGUAGGGUUGAUAAGGAGACUUUUUGGUAUAGAUACUUCUAUAGGGUUUACAAGCUUAGGAAGGCAGAGGAAGCAAAAACUAGGGUUGUGAAGAGGGCGAUUUCGGGGGAUGAGGAGGAAGACUUGAGCUGGGAUGUCGAUGAUGAUGAUUAUGAAGACAGUGAUAGGUCUACCUUGAAGGGUGUUCCGAAAGAACAAGUUCAAGAGAUUGAUUCUUCAGAAAAGUCUAUCAAUGAUUCUGGGCAUGGGAGCAAAGAUAAGACUUUAAGAAGUGAAGAUGAUGAAAAGGGUCAUGGAAGAUUGUGUUUAGAUGGGUCUGAAUCUGGUGAGAGUAAGUUGGAUAGCAAAAUUGAUGAUAAAUUGGGUUCUGAAGGAAAGGCUGAAAAUGGUGGAUCCUGCAAGGAUAGUGACUUUUCGGUUGUGUCAAGCCAACCAUCAAUGCCUGAGGAAGAAGAGCUUUGUUGGGAUGAGAUCGAAGAUAUAGCAAGAGCAGAUGAGGUCAAGGUGCCUGCAAGUGGAAGCCCAACUCGAGCCGAUUUGCGCAAGAGGCUGAGUGCCAUGGAGGAAGAGGAAGACCUCACUUGGGAUAUUGAAGAUGAUGAUGAGCCGAUCAAGUCAUGAUUAUAAUUGCUUUUCACAACAUUAAAUACUCACUCACUGGCAUUCUGGAAUUACUCUCUUUCUCUCUGUUUCCAAAUGUUGAUGUUUGUGUCAUUGUCAUAAACUUUGUUGGGUACUUGCUUCUCUUUUUUAUUCUAUUUUUUCUUUUUCUUAUCGGAAGUUAAUCUUGGGCACUCUCUUGUAAACUAAAAUGCAAGUACAUAAAUGUUCUGAACAAAUUCAGAUCAGAUGGCCAUAUAAAUGUUAUUAUGUUGAUUUGCAUUGUUUUAUUUUGGAGG